GGUUCGGUCGUAGAAUGUCUCUUUAUACAUGGCCAUAUGAUGCUUACACAUGUAAUCCCUACUUCGAUCCUCCACCAGGAUUUUAUAAGGAUCCUCUCGAAGACUGCGUUGAUGGAUAUUGGCCAAUAAACACGUUAAAUACUUCUGUGAAGGAUCUUAGAGGAUUUGGCGGAGAGGACGAAGGGCAAUUCCAAGUUCACAUCGAUGUCCAACAGUUCAAACCCGAGGAAAUUUCAGUAAAAAUAGUAGAUCACAACAAGAGCGUUAUCAUAGAAGGAAAACAUGAAGAAAAAUUGGACGAACAUGGUUCCAUAUCUAGGCACUUCUUGAGGAAAUUUAUUCUCCCAGAAAACUGUGAUGGUAGCAGACUUCAAUCUCAACUCUCCUCUGACGGAGUUUUAACAUUAAUUGCUCCCAAAAUUGAGGAAGGAAAGCAGGUUGAAUAUGUAAGGGAAAUUCCUAUCACGAAGACGGGAUCGUUUAAAGCAGGAGAACAAAAGAGGAGGAUGUCGAAAUUAAAAAAUAAAUGCCAUAUUUUAUAAGAUCAAUAUAUCCUAUUGCGAAAUGGUAUAUAGCUAUAGCGUUUUUUAAUAAAACUGGUCCGUUGCAUAGUUUAGUGU